AUGAGUCUCUCACCUUCAUAUGACCCGUUACAACAAUCUCGUACUUCUGAUAUCAGUCCAAAUUCAUCUUCCUAUCAUCUUACUCCUCUUCCUCCGUCGGCGCCAAGAAUACCUUCCCCAUCCAAUUUGUUCGUUUAUUCGCCCACUAAUGUCAGAUCAGAUGCCCGACACGAUCAAGCAAGCGAAGAAGAGUGGCCUGGCCUUGACACUGUCCCAUUAUUACCGAGUAUGACGACAUUCGUUGUCGGAUUUGCAUUGGAAACUUUACAUCGAAUAAUUGAGACGGCAGUAAUUGAAGAUCGAACUAAUAGCCAGCUAACAUACAUAGGAGGCCUAGUCAUGCUUUUCGGCAAGAAAAACGCAUACAUGGCAUUUAAUGCAGAAGCAUUAGACACACGAUUGAAUUUUUGGCUCCAAGUAUUUAAUGACUUGGUACUUUUUAUUUUUGCCGGUUGUCUUAUAUCGUCAGCAUAUUUACUUCCAAAACCUGUAUUUGCUGAACUGAAGACAUACUACGUUCUACAAAGUGUGACGAUUGGGAUGAUUUCGGUGGUUGCAAUGGUUGUUGUGGAAGCAGCACUAGUAAUAAUGGAGGUUAUGCCAAUUGUAAUUUUUGCGAAUGUGGGGUUUGCUGCAAUGAAUGCAAUUGCGUCCAAUAUUAAAUGUCAGACAACCGGAAUGCCCAGCACCAUUGCAUUUUAUCUAAAACUGCUUUUCUUGUUGCUACAAACCACUAUAUCAAUUAUCACGGAAAAAGGAAAACCCAUGGCCAAACUUAUCCUCUUAAUGAGGGGUGGUUUCUGA